AUGGCUGUUGUCGACAUCCUCUUCACCUGGUGGUCAAUCCCCAUCGCCGCAGGUGUCCUCAUCGCGACGUAUCUCUACUCAUACUUUGUGACCUACGGCCAUCUGAGAGAUAUUCCAGCGCCUUUCCCGGCGCAGUUCACGAAUCUGUGGCUUCUCUACAUCUGCAGGCGUGGUGAACGAUAUCGUGUCGUGGAUGAGAUUCACAAGAGAUUGGGUCCCGUCGUACGAAUCCAGCCUAACCACACUUCCAUCGCGGAUCCUGAUGCAAUCGCCACCAUCUACGGCCACGGAAAUGGCUUCUUGAAGUCUGAUUUCUACGAUGCAUUUGUCUCAAUUCGACGAGGUCUUUUUAACACGCGCGAUCGCGCUGAGCACACACGGAAGCGCAAGCUCAUCUCUCACGUCUUCUCCGCCAAGUCAAUCAGCCAAUUUGAGCCGUACAUCCACGCAAACCUGGAGCUCUUCGUCAAACAGCUCGACAAACUUGUCGCAUCAGGCCAGACUACAGAUAAGGAUGGAAAGCGACAAGCCCUAUUUGACUGUCUCCCGUGGUUCAACUACCUCGCAUUCGAUGUCAUCGGGGAUCUCGCGUUUGGUGUACCCUUCGGCAUGCUCGCAAAUGGCGCCGAUGUAGCCGAAGUUCGGGCGACGCCUGACAGCGCACCUAUUUAUGCGUCGGCAAUUGAGAUUCUGAACAGAAGAGGUGAAGUCAGCGCGACGUUGGGAUGCUGGCCUCAAUUGAAGCCGUAUGCUCAAUGGCUACCCGACCCGUUCUUCAGCAACGGCCUCAACGCAGUCAAGAAUCUCGCUGGAAUUGCGAUCGCGCGCGUCAAGGCUAGAUUGGAUAACCCGCCAUCCGUUGAGCGAAAAGAUCUCCUGGCGCGACUCAUGGAAGGCAGAGAUGAGAAGGGUGAGCCGUUGGGUCGCGAGGAAUUGACGGCCGAAGCCUUGACGCAGCUCAUCGCUGGCAGUGACACCACGUCCAAUUCGUCAUGCGCUUUACUCUAUCACGUCACACGAACUCCCGGCGUUCUCGAGAAACUCCAGGCCGAGCUCGACGAGGCGAUCCCCGCUGACGUCUCGGUCCCCACGUACGACAUGGUCCGCGACCUAACCUACCUCAACAACGUAAUCAGUGAAACCCUCCGCUACCAUUCAACAUCCGGCAUCGGCCUCCCGCGCCAAAUCCCCGACAACUCCCCCGGCGUCACGAUCAAGGGCCAUUAUUUCCCGCCCGGCAGCGUGCUCAGCGUGCCGACGUACACCCUGCAUCACUCGAAGGAGAUCUGGGGCCCUGAUGCGGACGACUUCAAGCCGGAGCGCUGGGAUAGUCUGAAUGAACUGCAAAAGACUGCGUUUAAUCCGUUUAGUCACGGGCCGAGAGCGUGUGUGGGCAGGAAUGUUGCGGAGAUGGAGAUGAAGUUGAUCGCGGCGACGUGGGCGAGGAGAUACACGCCCGAGUUGAAGCAGGGGGUUAUGGAGACGCGUGAGGGGUUCUUGAGGAAGCCGUUGGGGUUGGAUAUUGCUUUGAAGAUGAGGUAG